UAAAUUAUUUCGGCUAUGAGUAAACUAGAUAAAAACGAAGUUUCGCGUUUGCAAAAUUCUGAAAGAGCGUGCGUUUUUAUUGACUCUAGCGAUCCUUUAUGUCCCAACCAAGUUAUAAAUGGUAGUAGUCAUCCAUGCUUUAAACCUCCUUUUCCUCCAACUAUUAAUCCAAGAGAUUUAAUAUUAAAACAAUCUUCAAAUGGUAAAAUAAUGGCGCGCGCUCCAAAUGCAUUCAUAAUUUAUAGAAAAUUAUGUGUUGAAGCCGCUCGUUCUCAUGGUUAUUAUUUACCUAUGACAGUUAUAUCUUCUAUGACUUCACAAUCAUGGGAGGAAGAAUCUUCCGAUGUAAAAGCAGAAUAUAAACGUAUAGCGCAAGAAGCAAAUAAAUAUCAUAGAGAAAUGUACCCGAAAACCGGUCGACGCAAAAAACGUGAAAAAUGGAAUCUUGUUUCAUUUCAACCAAAAUCUUACUUACAAGAAGAUUCUUCAAAGGAAACAAAACCAACAAAUAAUAAACCUCUUAUACCAUCAUCUUCAUCGUCUAAAUCAAAGAAAUUUUCUCCUUUAUCACAAUCACAAUCAGAUAUAACACUUCAAAAUCCAAUAAAUUCUAUUAAUAAUAUUACAUCUGAAAUUUCAAAAUCCAUUAAUUCCGAGAUAAACCUAUCUAGAAAGAAAAUAUAUCCGAACCCGGACAUCUCUCCUGAUAAUUAUCGAGAAAUUUUUGUUUCAAAAGACAUCGAACAGUUUCAACCUACUACGGAAAAAGUUAAUUCGGACCAUUCCAUAAAUAUGAAUUCUCCGUUUAAUUUAGAAUUUCCGAGUUCGAAUUUAUCUUCCAAUGAUUAUUUUGAAAUUGCAAAUAUAUAUGAAGAAGGAAUAUCUAAUUGGAAUAUACCUCAAAAUCGAGUUGUAUCUGAGUCCGAAAAUACUUUUACUUCAUGUCAUCGUGAAGAUAUUAAUUAUGAAUCAAAUAGUUUGGAAAAUUCCAGCGUUAAUUCCGUUAAUACAUCGGAAGGAUUUGAUUUGUCCGGUAAUAAUCUGAACGUUCCAUUUUCUGUUAUGAUGGAAUCAGAUUCUUAUUUUGGAGUUUGAUAUUUUAUUAUUAUUAUAUUUCUUACUUAUUUCCUUUAAUACACAAACAAAAUUAUAUAUAUUUAUCAUUUAAUACAUGUACUAAUUUAACUUAAUAAAUUUUAUAGAAUAUAAUUAAUAUUUUAUUUUUCUUUUACUAUUUUGUCAUUCGC